GUUUUGUUUUAUUAUAUCUAUUGAAUCAUUUCUUUCAUUAUUUUCUUUGCGUUUUUGUUUUAUGGCUCCAACUUACAGAUUCUACUACACGUAUGUGUUCAAUCUAUGCUUUUAAACUUCAUUUUAUUCCUCUUAAGCACCAUUUUACACGUGUAUUUAAAGUGCCAUAAGAACAAAGUAAUAUUACCGUUCAAAUAUUUGUAUAAUCUUUAAGAAAAAGUAAUAAUAUCCUCACAGUUCCUCUCCAGGUGCUGUGAGUUGAUUCUACACACCUGGUUAGACCAGCUCAACCUCUGAUUGGCCUGUUUGACUACCAAUAGUCCGAUCACAGGCCACCACACCGCAUAAGGAAAUUUCAGCUUCAGCAGCAGCAGCAGCAGCAGCAGCAGCCGCCCCUCUGCUGUUUGACAGUUUUCCCUUAGAGCCUGAGCUCUGGAUUAACGUCAGCUCAAGAAAAGAAAGUCAAACUAGACACGCAGUCACGGUCCGGAUGUCAGGUCUCUCGCCCCUGGACGGAACAGCUGUUUUGCUCCAGAGACAUUUUGGGUCUGUGUUGCCGUGGCGAUGCCUCCAGUUACGCCAGCUGUUCUACUUCCUGAUGUCAACAUUGCUACUGGCAACCAUGAUGAAAACAACGUUUUCAUCAACAUAGCCUCAGCCACGGACAGGGCCUUGACAGAGGUGAACUUCCUGUGACGAGAGGGAGAGGCGGGAAACAGAGGAUGACUCAGCGUCUGUCACCAGGGCAACGGGUGCCUGAACUUCCCCAGCGACGGCCAAUUGCCAGUGAUUGUCUGACUGUGAGGAAGUUCAGUGCAAUCGCCAUGGAUACUGAGUUUCGUCACCUUCUCUGUCAAUCAGAGAAUCGCGGAGCCUCGUGCGUUGCUUCCACGAGCUGAAUUGGUACAGCCAGUCCACGCGCUCCGACCGUUGCCGGACCGAGGUGGAGCAACAGGAGGUUUCACGACCGAGUCACACCGGGAUCCAAGGAGGAUUUAACGGACACUUGUGAGACAAACUGCAGGUCUUUUGAUUCUGUCUUCCCCGCACUGAUUUGACAUCUGCCCGGUACCGACUUGGAGCCACAGUUUGACCCGGGACAUCUGCUGUCUGAACGUUUGUCCCCCAUCAUGUAUCCCUCAGCGGUCGGUGUGUGCGUGCGCUGCAGUCUGUUCUUGGUCCUGGUUCAGGUCCUGGUCCAGGUCCUUGUGCUCGUCCGUCCUUCAGCAGGAUACAGUCUGGAUCAGGACCACAGUCUGGAGUUCAGCGGUCCCCCUUCCUCCAUGUUUGGAUACUCAGUCCUGCUGCAUCGCCACAGAACUCACAACUGGUUGGUGGUUGGAGCUCCAGUAGCGAACUCAUCCUCCAGUCCGUGGGUUCAAUCUCCAGGAGCUGUUUACCGCUGCAACAUCACUGCUCAGUCCCAGCGCUGCGACCCCAUGCAUGCUGAUGUGCAGCGCUGUGGGAAAACCUGUGAAGCAGAGAGUGAUCACCAGUGGCUGGGAGUCAGUCUGUCCAGACAACCUGGAGACAACGGAGGACACAUCCUGGCAUGUGGCCACCGAUGGAAGAACGUCUUCUACUCAAAGAAAGACAAUCAGAACAACAAGCUGCCUAACGGAGUGUGUUAUCGCUAUGGCAAUGACCUGAGACACGGCCAACCCAUCAUCCCCUGCUACAGAGACCACCAGAGGAAGUUCGGUGAGGAUUAUGGGUCAUGUCAGGCCGGUAUUUCGAAUUUCCUGACAGAGGAUCUGAUCAUCAUGGGGGCUCCAGGGACCUCUUAUUGGACGGGAUCGGUUCUGGUCUUCAACACGUCCAGUGGAGGGAUGUCCGUGUACCUUGAUGAUGACGCUGGAUCAGUCAGCUUCGGAAGCUACCUUGGUUACUCUGUUGGAGCUGGUCACUUCCUGAGUCCUGCUUCAGUGGAGGUGGUGGGUGGAGCUCCGCAAUACAACCAGAGGGGCAAGGUCUUCAUCUUCACAGUAGACAACUCCAUGCUGCGCGUUGUCUCUGAAGUGUCCGGAACGGAGCUGGGAUCUUACUUCGGCUCAAGUGUGUGUGUGGUGGAUCUGAACGCUGAUGGCUUGUCAGAUCUCUUGGUCGGUGCUCCAAUGGCAACGGGUGUUGCCAGGGAGGAGGGACGAGUCCACGUGUACAUCAACCAGGGGCAGGCGAAACUGGUGGAGGCGGAGUUUCAGCUGACUGGCAGCGACGCCUAUGCUGCCCGGUUUGGAGAGACCAUCGCUGACCUGGGAGACCUGGACGACGAUGGUUACAAUGAUGUGGCAGUUGGUGCCCCACAGGAAGACGAUCUACAAGGAGCCGUCUACAUAUACAACGGAAGGAAGGAGGGCAUCUCACCAACUCCAUCUCAGAGAAUUACUGGAUCCACCCUGGGUCGUAACCUCAGGAUGUUCGGCCAAUCGCUGAACUCUGGCAUUGACAUCGAUGAUAACGGCUACCAGGAUGUGGCAGUUGGUGCGUUCCUCUCGGACUCGGCCGUGGUUCUCAGGACCCGUCCAGUAAUUCAGGUGAAGGCAUCUCUGACUCUGCCUGAGCAGAUUGACCAGCAGGUGGCGCUGUGCCGAGAACACAAGACUCCAACUGUCUGCGUCAAUGUCACUGUUUGUUUCAGUGUGAAGUCCAGACACUUCAGAGGCGCUAUAGAUCUUCAAUAUAAUUUGACCUCUGACCUCCUCCAUAAACCAUCCUUUCAGCAUCGCUUCUAUUUCCAUGGUAACGGCUCGUCCAAUAGCACAAGGGGACGUGUGAGAGCACGACAUGGCCAGCUCACUUGUACAACUCACGUGGCUUACCAAAGGAAAGACGUGAGGGACAUUUUCACUCCAGUCCAGUUUGAAGUUUCCUAUAGUCUUAGAGAAACAAACACCCACAGAACUUCUUCUAGAACCUUCCCUCCUUUAAAACCCAUACUGCAGCAGAGUGCAGGACACCAGAACACCAUCACCAACCAGACUCGGUUUGCUCGUUCCUGUCAUCUGGUGAACUGUUCGACCAACAUGCAGCUGUCAGCUCAACUAGUGCUGCCACAUCAACAGCAGUACUUUGCUCUCGGCUCUGGAGAGACCAUCAUGUUGAAAACCACGGUGCUGAACUCUGGAGACGACGCCUUCCUGCCGCGACUGACGCUGCAUUUCCCAAAGAACAUCCACUACAUUAAAGUACUGCAGAAUCAGGACAACAUGGUCAGUUGUGAUGUCACAGAGGGAAUCAACAGUACAAUCGUGGUUGUUGACUGCAGGAUCACCAGCUUCCUGCUCCCUGCCCACGCCCAGUUGAAUAUCAGCUUCCUAUUGGAUGUGAACCAGAACAGCACACCUGGUGACAUCAACAUCCAAGUCAACACAAUCAGCGAUAACUAUGAGAGGGAGGAGUAUCUCCAUGACAACUCCAUCAGUCUCCUCCUUCCUCUUAAAUACGGAGUUGACAUCAACGUCCACGGUUUUGUGACUCCUACCUCUUUUGUGUUUGGAGAUGAAGACUCGACUCCAGUUGAGUGCUACACUGAAAGAUUCAACUACACAUACAAGGUGUUAAACUCUGGUCCCAGCCGGUCAGUAGAUACUGUGGUUGACAUUGCCUUACCGAAGAUCCUCACCCCGCACCGACACAGACUACUGCAGGUGGUCGACUGGCAGACGUCUCACGGUGUGUGUUCAAUCAGUGACACAACUAUUUCAGUCAUUGAGGACUGUGACGUUCCUCAAGCUUCCUUCAUCAAGCAACUCAUCUUCUUCUUCUCCUCCGCCUCCACCCGCAGAAUGUUUUGUGGCCGUGUUGAUGACGUGUGUGAGCGGCUGGUGUGUCAUCUCGGUAACCUGGAGGCGGGGAGAGAUGCCACCAUCCAACUAGAGACCAGAUUGAACCCUGCUGUACUACUUCAAGCUCCGGGUCGUCACAGUAUCAUGAUGUUGGAAACCCUGGCGAUGAUAUCAUCUCCCAGAGAAGAUCGUCACAAUAUCCUCAUGCAGAAACAACCUGCAGCACAGGUGGUGGUUGAAGCUCUUUUUACACAGAAACCCUCAAUGACAGUGAAGGUCUUCAUCAUCGUUGUCAGUUUAGUUUUGGGUCUGAUGAUCCUGGCUGCUCUCAUCUGGUGUCUGUGGAAGGCUGGUUUCUUUAAGAGGGACCUCCAGAAGAAGGAAGAGGAGUUCAAGAGACUCAGCUGGGACUACGUUCCUAAAAAAAGCGAAAGAGAGAGCAUCUCCUAACUCCGACUGUCACCUCCACCCACGACCUUUGACUUCUGACUAUAAGGUGAAGUUCACAUUGUGACUGUGCAACAGUUUCAAUGAGACAUGCAGUAUGUGUUGAUGGAGGGAGAACAUCAAAGGGGAAUGAAAUCUGUCCAGACUGUGUCAGAAGUUUGAAGUCAGACCUGUCCGAGUGUGGCGGAUGAUGAACAUGUCUCAAGUGAACACCUCCUGCACACGUGUGAAUCUGACAAUGAACUUUUAAAUUAUUUUGCCUGAUGUGCCUUCAACAGCUCAAAAACUUGAAAACGACUUGAUCGACGGAUGGAUGGAGGAUUAAUAAAAAGGGAAGUGAAUCUGAAACAAUCAAAUCUGGACCAAUUAGAAGGGGUCAGGGUUCCUUGGGAUCAUGACACUGUUAUCGAUGGCCUCCAUUUUGACUCUUUUAAGAGGAAACAAAUCAAGUGACCUUCAAUCUCAGGGGAAGGAAAACCUGGCCUCUGAUAAGCUCAUAACUCUGUGGAAGGCCUUCCUUUUGUCUGUGUACAUUAUCUUUCCACGUUUUUGUUCACCUGCUGACCAACACCUUACCCACUGGCUGUGCACACACCACAUGUCGUCCAGACAGAAGUAGUAGUCAAGUGCUGGAAGCCGCAGGUGCAGCAUUUGUGUAUGUAGAAAACAACCAGCGCAGGAGUUUUAAUGGACACUGAACACCACAGCUGCUUUUUGGCCUUUAGCACCUUUUCACUAUGGGAAUUGUUUGUUUGAGUUUCUGGUCACAACAUUUAAACCACGCAAGGUUUUGUGCCAAAUUCAACUUUGGGUGAACUUUGACACCCAAAUUUAUAGCGUUUGCCAACAUCGAGCCAUCUUGACAGUGCUGACCUUUGAGGGAACAGAGACUCGACCAAAGUGGAGGACACUGUGGUAGAUUAUUAGCUGUGUUGCAGCAUCAAAUUUUAUUUAACCCUCUUCUGUCAAAAUAAAGUGUUCCACCAAAGAAGUCUGCGGAAAGUUAUGAGACAGAGCUCUAUGGCACAAAUACGUCUUUUGCCCUGUCAGCGAACGAUCGAGACAAUAAUUGACAGUUAGCGCUUGCACAUUAGCUUGGAGAGCUUAUUCCCCUCCUUAAUAACUACUUUUAAAAUUUAAUGAUGAACAAUCCUCAGAACAAAAUGCCAGUGUCGGGAAAACAGCCCAGAGCAGAGAAAAUAGAAAGAGUCAGAAAGAGAGUUGUCACUGGAUGGUUUUCAUUUGGUUCAUGAGGCUCCUCGCUUCCCUCACUAGUUUGAUGGCAAGAAAAAAACACCUGGUGGUAUACACCUGGUAUAUGACUAUAGAUAUACAGUAGGAGGUGUCAGGGCAAAGAACGUAACUGAUAGAAAUGAAAUAAGUAGAAACUCUGUUUAUAACUGAAAGAGCAGAAUGGACGCAAGGAAGCAUGAAUAAAAUUAAUAGCAUAAUUAGUUAGUGAAAGAGCACAGGUACAGUUAAGUCUUUUGAGCCUCUGGAUGAUAUUUUAGGAUAAAUAAUAACCAAAAUUUUAUAUCUGUACAUUUUUCCUAAAUGAGCCAAGAAGAAAAUAAAAGCCUUUGGUUUCAGAUUCUGCACACACAAUAUUUUUAAUUUUAGGAAUAACAGCUGUCAUUCCUGUUUCCACGGGUUUUUUUCCCUAAUUUACAUGACAAAUCAUGUAAAAUUAUUAUUGAUAUAACUUUUACACAGUAGCCCGAACUAAUCAGUAAGAUUCACGUUGAAUUGGCGCAGUGGUCCUUGAAGAAAAUGUCCUUAUUGGAUACACUUCGUCUUCUCUGAGAUGUAUUUAGUUGACUGGAACGUCUUUGAUGCCGGACCUUGAUCGAUUUCCAGGUCACGGGUUGUAGGACAGAGAUGGGGCCUUAACACUGUCAGUCUGAUGUCACCCUUGUUUACUGUUAAUCUGAUCUGUUUAUGUAGUUUGCUGUGAGGCUGUUUACCACCGCUGUAAGGAAACAGCUCAGGGAAAUGUCCCGGGAAACCGUUUUGUGCAGGAAGAAUAAAAAUUGUGUAUGGCCGGGCGGAGCCACAUGACCACGACUCAAGAAAGUAUAAAAGUAGGUCUCACAUCAAGUGCGGUAUGAAUGGAUUUUGCUGUUUAGGCAUCUGUGAGACCUUGGUAACAGUCAGGACAUUCCCACAUGAUCGUUCUUGUGGGAGUCCUAUAAUAAUGUAAUUUAUACAGUGCCUUUUCAAGAUACUCACAUCAAAUAAGUAAAAAAGAAACUAAAAAACUAACUGUACACAGAUGACUGCUCUCAGACCAGGUGGUUCUGGCGAAUCCAGGUUUCGUUUCUUGGUCGACACCCUGGUUUGUAAAAGGCUUCAGCGUCACCAAAUCCGUAAAUCAAACCACUCCUGGAUUCCGACUAAACAUCGAGUGUGAAAGCACAGUAAAAAAUGCAACUCUGGUAACACAGUCAGCAACACAUUGAGCCACAGGGUUGAAUAGUGGAACACUACUUGAAAACCAGUAUUUAAACAACGUUUAAGGUAUUACAAGUAUUGAAAAGCAUGGUUUUAACUGUCUGUAUUCUGUGAAUGCAGACAAUUAAAACAGAUGCUGCCUUCCCUUCUUUUUAUCUAUUUAGUACAAAUGCACAUCACACAGAGAGAUGUUUUUAAUGUUUUAUUAACUGGUUAUUGUUUUUGUUUAUGUGAAGUUGUUCUGCACUGGAGAGUCUCACUGCUUUUAUCAACAGUUUUCUAUUAAAAUUAAAGA